UUGCAUUUCCUCGGGGAUCAUCAUAUGAUGAUAACCACACUUUAAGGGCUGAUCAUAUCUCGUGUUGAUAUUAACAGUUUGUGAUAAGGAAUCAAGUUUUUUUUCUGUAAGAUUUGGUAUUAUUGUGUUGACCCACCUUUAUCUAGCCACGUUGAGACAAUGGUGCAUUGUUUAGUGAUGAUGGUGUAAUCAGUUUUGUCACAAGUUUGGUGUUUAUGGGUCACUAUGAAUGUGUCACCAUAGCAAGUUUGGAAACCAUAUAAGUGGGAGACACUUGCAAGAUCUGAAUGAAGAACCGACAUUAGCAGUAGCAUCAGCUGGAGCAGUAUCAUUACUAGGAAAGGAGUUGUCUUAUAUAGUCCAGUCCUUCAUCACGUCACUAAUGGACACCCACAUGCCAACGUGUAAUGGAGGACACGGCCAGUCACAUCUCACCCUUGGACACGCGUGUCUUACUGUGUCUAACGUGGAUGCUGCAGCUAAACUCCAGCUUUGGGCACAAGCUGUUGAGUGUUAUAAGUGUCCUCCAUGGCCAUACCUGAUGCUGCAACCCGGCACCUCACAAGAGCUGGCUGUCAACACCACAUAUCCUACUGAUCUUUAUGUUAGAAAUACAACUGGAGGUGACCUGUACAAACUGACGUAUCACUUUGGAGAAUAUGGGGCCUAUCAGCUGGGGAUUAGUACAGAGAGCAUCUCAAAUAUAAAAGUCCUCACUAAGCCUCCCAAUGAAUUUCUUCCCUUGAUUGUUGCAUUCGUGUUCUUCUUCAUGUUGGCGUUCAUGUGGCAGUGUGCCAAGUUCUUCCGGUACCGCAUGGAUUCACCGUGCACGACUCGCAGAGUUAGGUCGGUGUCAGCAGGUGAAGAGACUUCUCUGCUGUCAUCCCAGCCAGUAUAUCAGGGAAGUCCUUCAUCUUCUCAGCUGCACCAGACGACUCCAGUAGCACCGUCCCUGUUACCCCAAUUAUCAGCUGGUAUCCCAGACUCAAGUAUGAGAAGAGGACGUCUUCAGUCUCUGGACACUUUCAGAGGACUUGCCAUCGUCAUCAUGGUCUUCGUGAACUAUGGAGGCGGUCGGUAUUACUUUUUCCAACAUGCCCACUGGAACGGCCUCACUGUUGCUGAUUUGGUCUUUCCCUGGUUCAUGUGGAUAAUGGGGGUGAGUAUGAUCUUCUCAGUUCGGUCACAGCUGCAGCGCACCACCAAGAGGUAUCUGAUGGUUUUCAGGAUCCUCAAGAGAUGUGCAAUUCUUUUUAUUCUGGGCCUAAUCAUUAAUAGUGACAACAAUCAAAACUACAUGCCUACCCUCCGGAUCAUGGGUGUUCUGCAACGCUUUGCCAUUUGCUACGGCAUCACAGCAUUAAUGGAGGUGUACUUAAUGAAUCCCCAAGAAUCACCAGAGUAUGUGUGGUACUGGAAGAUACGGGACAUUAUCAGGUCUGGAGUGCAGUGGGUCAUCACUAUUCUUCUAGUUGGAGUGCACACAGCCAUCACAUUUGGCCUCCACAUUCCAGGAUGUCCCACGGGCUAUCUAGGUCCUGGGGGUCUUCACGAUGGUGGUGUCCACGGCAACUGUACUGGUGGUGCUGCUGCUUAUGUGGAUGUUAGUGUACUAGGCGAGGCGCACAUAUAUUCACAUCCAACGUGUAAGACAAUAUACAACAAUGAUGCUCCUUACGACCCUGAAGGCAUCUUAGGUGCUCUGAUGGCGGUGCUCACGGUACAGUUUGGAGCAGCAGCCGGACGCAUUAUCAUCACUUACCAGGGCCACGGACCACGCAUUAAACGCUGGCUUGUUUGGGCAGUUGUUUGUGGCUUGUUAGCAGGCUUCCUUUGUGACUGGCGUAAGGAAGGUGGCCCAAUUCCUGUGAACAAGAACCUGUGGUCGCUGUCCUUCGUACUGACCACUGCCUGCUUCGCUUUCUUCCUUCUGUCACUCCUGUAUUUGUUCAUAGAUAAAUGGCAAUGGUGGAGCGGCAACCCAUUUAAAUACCCUGGUAUGAAUUCAAUCUUGAUCUAUGUUGGCCAUGAGAUUUUUGGUGGAUUGUUCCCCUGGUCUUGGAGACCUGUUGGUGAGACCCAUACAAACUAUCUCAUCAUGAACCUCUGGGGCACGAGCACAUGGGUUAUCAUAGCUUAUCUCUGUCACAAGCGGAAGCUAUAUUUGUCUGUGUAAAGCUCAAGAACUGGAGGAUAAGCAGAGUUGGAGCAUGUGUCAUGCUGACCAAGCCAAUUGUACACAUUUCUCUUCUCAUGCUUUUAAAUCUUCAACUUCCACCACGCAUUACAGUGUAACUAGGCAGCUCUUUCAAUGGUGCUAGUUGAUUGUUGUAAUCCCUCUGGCAUCACAGUAGAUGCUAGAUGCUGUGUUUUCCUUACCAAAUUUUGUAGUAUGUUGGAAAGGGGCCAAUCAUUGUGAUACAUAAUAAUGAGCUGAGAAAGAGAGAGAGAGAAGGCAAGCCUUCCAAUAGGAUAUGAUUUUGGCAGAGAAAAAUUUACUAAGGAUCCUCAAAUUUCCUUUUGUCUGUCAGAAUCAUGGCUAUUUAAUUUUUUAGUUGAGGCUAAGCGUAUGUAUUUUUAUAUUUUUGAUGUAAAGUUCUAUCUUUUACUAUUCAAUUUUAGAGAAUAAAAACAGUUAUACAGCAGUUUGGCAAAGAAUAAUAAUACUGUAUUAGUAUUAGUGUUUCUUAGUAUGGUUAAUUAAGAAAGUUCCUAACAAGUUACCAAUAUGGAAAUAAUUCUUAAUCUGAACAUGCAUUGUACAAUUCCUCAUGUUUUGAAACAUGACUUUACAAUUCGGUUCAGCACACUUGUACUAGGCUGUGAUUUAUCAUGACAGCUUUUAGGCUCUUGAGAGUCGGUCUCCGUGGUGUGAUAUUUUUUUUUUUUUUUUUUUUAAACAAUUAUAUGUGCUGCUCAGUGAUCAUUUACCAUCCAAAAAUGUCAGAACAGUAAGGGAAGAUGCUCAGCACAAUAUUCAAAAUUAUACUUAA